CCCUGGCCAUGGCCUCCGGUGCGGGCCUGGCCCACUGCCUGCUGCGUGGUGCCUUGUCCCCGGCCUGCCACAAAACAUAAGUUCUCCAGGAGGCCGGAGAGCAGGAGGUAAUCCCCCUUAUCUGUCUGCGGUUCCCCAGCUCCCACAGCCCUACACCCGCGACGCCUCCCGAUGCUGGCGUCCUUCAGCCACCCUGCCGCUCCGGGCCGGGGACUCCGAGCUGUUGCCGUGAGAGAUCUGAAAAUAAGUGCCAAGUGGCGCCUCAAGCACAAGCUCUAGAAGUUGGGUGCAUCUGCUUUCUUUCGUACCGAGAUGGAGUCUUUAGAAAACUGAGGAAGAAGGAGUGAAAGGAGGAAGACUAUCAGGAGUGGCCUCAGACAAACAGGGAAGCAGCAGCGUGCAAGCUUCAGGAAAAGAGUACCGCAGGGCAAGAGAAGUGGUGUAAUUCAGUGCAGAAGACAGAGGUUGGAGGUCUACUUGCUUGUAAUUGAACAUGGCAGGAGAUGUGAAAAGAUUCACACGCAUGCUACUGGAAUGCAACAGCAAUGACAAGCUGUGUGUUGUGCGUGAAUAUCAGACUGAAGUGAUUGUUGUCCCAGCUCUCCUUGUGGGUUUUUUUGUCAUUCUGCUAACUGUGAUCCUUUGGCUCCAUUGUCGAGGCUUGCGAACAAGGACAAAGCGGGAGGAAUCAUCAUCAUCUGGGCAACAAGCAGACAAGAACCAGCAGGAAUCCAGUUCACAAGAGAACCACUGUAUACAGCUGAGUGAGAUUUCUAUGGAGGUCCUGCUAAACUCUGCAUCCUUGACUCUGAAAGAACUGGAGAUACCACGAGAGAAACUCUCACUAGGUAGUCUGCAGAUAGUAAAACAUGGUCGCUAUGGGAGCAUCUACAGAGCAGAAUUGGAAACUAGGAACCUAGGGAAGACUAAGAGUGUCAUACUGAAAGCCUUACAAGACGUGGUUAGUACCCAGGAAGUAAAGGAUUUCCUGGGAAGGAUUAAAUUCCAUCAAAAUCUUGGCUAUCAUGAGAACCUGGUUGAAUUGGUUGGAUGCUGUGUAGAUCGAUUUCCACUUUAUAUGAUAAUGGAAGAUGUGUCUCUUGGUGACCUGCUAAAUUUUCUAUGGACAUGUCGUAAGGAUGUAAUGACAAUGGAUGGUAUCCCCUGUGACUUCACUGAAAGGCAAGUAUAUGAAGUUGGACAACAAAUUGCAGCAGCUCUGGCUUACCUUGAGCAGAAGAAGUUGUUCCAUGGUGACAUCGCUGCCAGGAAUAUCCUACUUCAGCACAACUUCACUGCCAAGCUCUGUGGUUUUGGGCUGGCCUAUAAAGCUCAUACAUAUGGUGCCAGCUCAGUCACAGAGAUGGUGCCAGUAAAGUGGCAGGCACCGGAGCGGCUUCUAAAGAACCCCCCUAGCAUCAAGGCAGACAUAUGGUCUUUUGGAAUUCUACUGUAUGAAAUGAUUACAUUAGGUGAUCCACCAUAUCCUGAGGUACCACCUUCUGACAUCUUACCAUACCUGCAGAGACGAAACAUUAUGAAACAGCCCUCAAGCUGCCAGCAAGCCAUGUACAGCAUCAUGAAGUCCUGUUGGCAGUGGAAUGCAACUGACAGGCCUUCUCCAUCAGACCUGAUCCAGAGCCUACAAACAGCUAUUAAGACCAGUAAUGACCAGAGAGUACUGCAGGUGCCUGAGCAAGUGGUGCCUGAACUCUAUGCUCAUGUCACUGGUGUUGCAAUGGACAGUCUAGUGAAUGACUAUACUGUACUUUGAAGGACUCUUUCUCAUGUUAGUAAGGGAGAUGUCUCUGUAUUUCCCUUUCAAGACGCUUGGCAAACUCAGAAUUAGGUUGUAUGUAUAUAUUUCAGAUCUCUCCUCCACCCUUGAAAUAAUGAACUACUAGUAGUGGUGCUUUUAAAUCACCCUGGUGGUACCAUUUUGAUAGUGGUCAUUUGGAAGCAAAAUGGAUUUAGGAAACUAUAGAACAUUUAAUGAGAAAUUUGAGUUUGAGGUUUUUGGAAAUCUCUACCCAUUUUUCUUUCCCAUGAAACUGCAUCACUUGAUUAUUCAGAAGAGGAGGUGUCCUGGGGAAUAUGCUCCUGGGCACAAUCUUACUGGAAAAAGUGGACACAGUAGGUAACACAAAUGGAUGGUUUCCUGUCCAUUACUUACACAUUCACUAAAGACCUUUUUGAUUAAUUUGCAUUAUUGUCUGUUAAGUGCUUAAUAAAUGUCUGGGAUCUCUCCAGAGCUUUCCAUGAAAGAAUAGGCACUGUAUAUUUUAAACAACAUAAAAUGCUUGCAUAUCUGUGACUACAGAAAUUUUUGAAUUGAAGUGAUACAUCUCCACAUAGAGUAUGCCUUUUCUGUGGUAGUGAUGAGAUCAAGAGCAUACUUGUCACAAAUGGAAACUACGCUUCAGUCGUAAGGGAGAAGCAGCAGUAUGUUUAUUAAAAUAAUACAGAAAUUUAGCAAAGCUUAAUCAUAAAUAUGACAGUGACUUAGAUGGCAGAGUACAGUGACAGAGAUGGCAAAGUACACUUAAUUCUUUACUUUAUAAAGGGUAGGGUUAAACAUGCUCAUCCAGAAGACCUUCCUGUUUGAGUCAUGAGGUUCAGAGUGCAGCCCUUUGCUUUCUUAACUCCUUGAACAAUGGAGCCUGGGUGUGGCUGAAUCUACUCCUAGACCCAAGCUUGGUCAAAGGUUUAUGUCUAAGGACUUAUAUGUGCACUAUCAAUCUAAGAUUUAACAAAGCUAACAAAGCUUAAAUAAACUAUUAAUCACUUACCGAGGUUCUGUAUCAGCAAGGAUUCUCUUGACAUCAGGGUGUAAGGGAUCUUUACAGCAGGUGUAAACUCAAGAGCCAUCCCUACUCAAAAGGAGAACCUAUUAUGCAGCUAGCUACCAUGCAGAAGAGUUCAAGGCUUUCUUGGGCUGCUCAUUAUUUGUGGGUUAAAAUGGUUGACUCAUAGUCGUAUUUUUUACAUAUUCUCAGUAGGCCCUCAGCUGUUGAAUGAAGUGUCUGCCAUCAGUUCUUUCAGCACCCAGUUUGAGACAGAUUUGUGUUUGUUAUCUGUCUUAGCAGGAUUUUGAGUGCAACCAGUAUUAUGCUCAUUACCUGCCUGAGCAAGGCCCUGUGUGUAAUAGACCAAAGGAGGAAGUUGUGGGGGGGCACACUAUUACAGUACUCUGAGAUAAAAGGAAUACGAUCCCAUCCUUAUCACAGGGAAAAGUUCUUACUGACCUAAAAUUCUCAGGGAUGGUUCUUAAUCAACCAUUCCUUUGAGCAGAACAGAACAGAUCAUUUGUACUUCUUUUAUGAGUUGCAAAUCAUUGGGUUAAUAUAUAUAUAUAUUUUUUAUGGGAGUAGGAUAUCUGGUUAUAGUUAUGGCAACUAUUGUGAAAACAGUGUGGAAAUAGUAGGAGUACACCAAAGAAGAAAGGCUGAAUUACAGUAAAACAACGUAUAAUCAGAAUAAACAUGCAUAGUGAUGUUGUGUGAUUGUGUGGGAGUAGACUGUAGACUAUAUUUAUCUCUGUGAUGACAUCUUUGGUACAAGACUUCUGUAUUGAGGAUAUGGGUAUUUGAUAUUACCUUCUUAGCUACCAUAUGACAGGUGUGACAGCAUGUAGCAUUUUGUAAAUAUUGUGAUCAAAACACAGCUGAUGUCUAAAGGAAACUAGUCAACCAGCCUACUGAAAGAAGAUGUGUAUUGUGCGUGUCUUGGUAUGAAGAAAAGUUGCCUGGAAUAUACUAGCUGCAAAUGGCAUUAACUUCGAGCGUUAAUCACAGGAAUUAGAACUGAUAGAAGUUCAAAUGGAAAAAGAGGAAUUAACCAUUGAUGUAGGUAAAUGUUAUCAGUAUACUUAGAGAGAAAUAAUUUUGCAAUUUUGGUCUAUAAAAGAAAUCCUGUAUUAUGGAAAAGGUGUUCUAGUUUUAUGGAUGAACCACCAAGGACCCACCUCUACACAGAAAUGAAAUAAAUAUCUUGCCUUUUUGUGUA